CUCUAAGGUUUGCCUUCCGCUGAGGGUAAAUCCGGUUGUCGCUAUGAGUAAGAGGAAAGCUCCAACUUCAGACAAUGUCAACUCGGAAUUCUGCGACUUUUUGAUGGAAUUGGCAAACUAUGAAAAGAAUGUCAAUCGUGCGAUGCACAAAUACAAUGCCUACAGGAAAGCAGCAGGUGUUCUAGCUAAGCAUCCAGUCCGCAUCAACACUGGAGAAGAGGCAAAAAAGCUGGAUGGAAUUGGAGAUAAAAUUUCAAAAAAGAUUGAUGAAUUUGUACGAACAGGAAAGCUUGUCAAGUUAGAAAAGAUCCGAGCCGAUGACACCAGUGUGGCCAUCAAUGCCUUAACUAAAGUGACUGGUAUAGGGCCUGCUGCAGCCCAGAAACUAGUACAGGAGGGCAUUAUGACCGUGGAAGAUCUACGGAAGCAUACCGACAAACUCAAUCAUCACCAGCAGAUUGGUCUCAAAUAUUAUGAAGAUUUUGAAAAAAGAAUUCCCAGACAUGAAGUCAUUCAAUUAAGGGAUGUUGCUGUUAAGGAGAUAAAACAACUGGACAGUGAAUACACAUGUGAUGUAUGUGGCAGUUUCCGUCGAGGUGCAGCAUCCAGUGGUGAUAUAGAUAUUUUGAUGACUCAUCCUUCAUUCACUUCAGAAUCUGGGAAAAAGCCCAAGUUGUUAGCCCAGGUAGUGGAAAAGCUGGAAGCUUGUGGACUUGUGACAGACAGACUUUCAUUGGGAGAUGUUAAGUUCAUGGGUGUGUGCCAGCUUGGGGACACCGACAGCCAGAAAGACCGAGCCUUCCAACGGAUUGAUAUCAGGUUAAUACCAAAUGAUCAGUACUACUGUGCAUUGAUCUACUUCACUGGCAGUGACCAGUUCAACAAAAAUAUGAGAGCACAUGCAUUAGAGCAGGGCUUCACUCUCAACGAAUACUGUUUGAGGCCACUUGGUAGUACAGGUACUCCAGGAGAACCUCUUCCUGUAUCUUCUGAAGAAGAUAUCUUUGAUUACCUUGGAAUGGAGUUUAAAAACCCAGAAGAGAGAAAUCUGUAGACUGAAGGGGAGAUUUAUCAGCUGAGGAUAUUUAAUUUUUUGGACAGUACAUGUAGUUAGUCAUUACCAGUAGUUCAUCUCAAGGAUAUCAAUGUAUUGUUUGUGUUUUGUUGUUGUGUUAUAAUGUAAAAUGUAAAUAUUCAUUGAUAAAUUUUUAUCAUGCUAUUUCUUACUCAACAUCAUACUUUUUUUACAAUUUUGUAAGGGGGUAAAUGAGAUUGAAACUAUGGUUUAUUGAAGGUGUAUUUAGAUGUAUGUCAGCGAUUUGAUAUAAAGUAUAACAUUGUUUACAUCAUUUCAAUCAUCUUAAUUCAACUUUGUCCAAUAAAUGUAUGAAUAUUUUCUA